AUGACUCCAUACGCCAACGUUCCUCAGGGGAAAUUUUUCAUCGGGGGACUUAUCACGAUCAUAGGUCGAGCCGUCGGCCUAGACUUCCCGGAUCCCGAGUACAUACCUGUCGACACCCCACCGAACUUCCUGCUAGAUUGUGACACUCUCAUCCGGAUGGAGAUGUUUCUCGAUCGGGGAACCCGGACGUACAGUUGGUUAGACUCUGACAAAGCCCUGGUUUACAUCCUGCCAAGUUGGAUCGGUUCUUCAUUCGAUACAGGCGACCCCGACACUUGGCUUCCUCCAGAUCAAUUGACCCAAGCAGGUGUAUUCCCAGAAUUCGGUGAUGAUGAGGGUGACGACGCAGAGCAACAAGAGGAAGAAGAUGACGAAGAGAACGACGAGAUGCCCGAAGCUGAGGAUCAUUUUGACCAGCCCUCGAUGCAGCAGCCGAUGUUCCCGCAUGAUCAAUUCCAGGCCCCUCCACAUCAUUUUGACCAGCUGCAUCAGCAGGAGGGACACGAAGUCCCACCAUAUUUCCCCCCAUGUUCUUUGACCAAUUUGCCACAAUGUUCUCCACGGUGCAACGCAUCGACGCCCAAACACAAGAGAAUUCGAGAGCCAUCCUAG